CAGUCGACUAUUAGUGGUCUGUGACUCUGGAGGUAGCCCGACCACCGCAGAACCGAGCCCGACGCAGCUCGGUUGCGUUCGGUCGGUAGUCGGGGCCAGUCGGGCACUCCACUGCUCUUUUCGGUCUGGUCGUUUUCCUCAGUCCGUCGUCGUUACGCAUCGAGAACAGUUGCAUUCUUUCUUUUUCGUUAAAGACAACGAAUAGUACCCAUCUUUUUCCGCACUAUGUGACGGAUAUUAGGGGGCACCGAGCGUACCCCGCCUUCUUUGUAUAUCAUUCCCACCCUAUCCUUCUGCCUGCCACUACUCUCCUUUGCCCAAAGAGAGAAAGAGAGAAAGAGCACGUUGUAAACGCAGGCACGUACGUACGCAGGCACUCGCCGACGAAGGGGCCACGAGGGCCCCGUGGAAUUGUGCUUAGGAAAACAUGGAGUGUCCACAUCUUGCUCAAAGCGUCCAAUUCGGCGGUAACGACGUAGAAGCGAAUUGUACGAAGGAUCUACCAUUCGUCUGUGCAGUAUGUGGCACCGAGAAAAGUACGUGGCUCUGUCUGUACUGCGGAGCCAUUCACUGUGGACGAUACGUGGCAGGCCAUGCAUUACAGCAUCACGAAGAAAAUACUCAACACUGUGUUUGUAUCGACUGUGAGAACCUGGCAGUAUUCUGUUACAUGUGCGACGAGUAUGUGAUCAACGAUACGACGAGCGGCCAAAUCGAGAAGAUACGUCGCGCCACCUUCCGUAAGGACGAGCACAAAGAGAACGAGGAGAAUUGGAACACUUCGCCAUCUACGACGCCGUCUUCGAGGAGGGAGAACAGCGAAGAUAACGACGCGGACGCCCUGUGGAAGGCGGAAGUGGUCGUAAGGAACCUGCGGCCGAGGACAGCGCGAAAGAGGUUACACUCGUUGGAUGGGACGAGCGGAGACAAUAGACCGGCGACAAAGCGUAGGAGCUCGAAGAUAACCUCAAAGGAGAAGAAAGUCGUCGGCCUGAGGAAUCUUGGCAACACCUGUUUCAUGAACGUGGUGUUACAAUCGUUCAACAAUAUCAGCCAUUUUUGCGAGUAUCUCACGCAGAUGCCGUGUCUCGAGGGUAUACCGUUCGACGAGCCGCCCACGCACAGAGGUCGAAUCGUCACACCCGGUAGAGCAAAAGAGUUCAUGAGCGACGCCCUCCUCGCGGAAGAGUUGAGGAAGGUUCUGCUUGGCUUGAAUCUAGGCGGCUCGAACGGCCAGGCGAUAUCCCCCGAAUGCCUUUUCCUCGUCAUCUGGAAAGUCGUGCCAAGAUUUCGGGGCUACCAACAACAAGACGCUCAUGAAUUUCUCACCUAUAUGUUGGACAGACUACAUACGGAACUUUUGCAAUUGUUGCCCAGACUGGGACACGAGCCUCUCGGUCUGCGUGGCAAGCAAAGCAUCGUCACAGCCGUGUUCGGAGGCACUCUUCUUAGCGUGGUCCACUGCAUGAACUGUCGUACGGAUUCCAAGACGCACGAGCCCUUUCAGGAUCUUUCAUUGGAUAUACCGGACAGAUUGCAGAGACGGACGAAAGAGCAAGAAGAGGUUUGCAGUCUCACGUACAGCUUAACGAGAUUUUUCAAAGUUGAAGAGCUGGCCGAUAGCGAACUAUACUUUUGUGACAAUUGCAUGGGGAAACAGAGAUCCACUAAGAGGUUCUGGAUACACAGGCUGCCUAAUGUGUUGUGCCUUCACAUUAAAAGAUUUAGGUGGUGCAAUUCCUAUCGCUCGAAGGUGGAUACACAGGUGGAUUUCCCAAUGAAGUCACUCGAUAUGUCUGCAUUUACAGUGCGUGGCGUGAAUGGAACGAAAUUGGGCGCUUCGAAUAGUCAUCUGUAUGAUUUAGCUGCCGUUAUUGUGCAUCAUGGUUCUGGCGCUGGAACUGGACAUUACACUGCCUUCGCUGUUCACGAUGGACAAUGGUUUCACUUUAACGAUAGCUCUGUACGGCCAGCAACCACCGACGCGGUCGCUAAGUGUAAACCUUAUAUUCUGUUUUACGUGCGGAAAGAGUUCUCCAUUCCACCUCCUUUGUGACGUCGUUUCCCCAGUCAGUCCCGUCCUGAUGAUUCGAGCUUCGACGACGAUGACGAUGAGAUGACGAAGAAGUAAGCGAAUUCGAGCACAAGAAGUUGAAAUGGUGCAUACAAUAAAAACUGGCCAAACUGAAGAAUCA